GAUUACACAAUUUAAAAUUUAAUUUUGAAUAAAUUACAUUACAUCAUAUACUGGAACAAAUUUUUAAUUUCAUUUUCACGGCGAUACUAUCAGAACUCGCGGGAAUAUGGCGGACGUAUGGUUGGGACCCUCAACAAUCAAACCGAAUCCUCUCCUCCACAUUCCCAGGCUUCCUUUCUCAUUCCUUUCCAAUUCAAAAUCCAAAUCCAAACAUCUAUCAAUGGCUACUUCCGCUUCUUCUGCUUCCAUUCAAUGCCCAUGCUCCUCUUCGGACUUCAGCCCUAGGCCCAACCAACCUUCCUUGCUCGUCUUCUCAGGUGGUACUGCAUUUAAUGGAGUUGUGGAAGAGCUUAAGAAGUUAACGACUCGUGUUGCCCAUGUGCUGCCUGUUUCCGAUGAUGGAGGCAGCACUGCCGAGAUUGUUCGUGUGCUUGGUGGUCCUGCUGUUGGAGACAUCCGGUCUAGAUGCUUAAGAUUGUCUGAUGAAAGCACUGCUGAGGCUCUUGCUGUCCGAAGGUUGCUUGGUCAUCGAUUACCUCUGGAUGCACCUCGAGCCAAAUCAGAAUGGUAUAAUAUCGUUGAAGGAGAACACUCUUUAUGGACAGGUGUAUCAAGGCCAUAUAGAGAAACAAUUCUAGCUUUCUUGGUUUAUUUCCAAAAUGAGAUCUUGCGUCGGCCCAAUGAAUCAUUUUGCUAUAGCAACGGCAGCAUUGGGAAUUUUUUCUUUGCAGGAGCACGCAUAUUUUUUCAGUCUUUAGAUGCUGCAAUAUUUUUGUUUUCACGUGUUUCAGAGAUUCCACCACAAAGUUUGGUCCUCCCUGUGAUCUCAACAAAUGAUAGGCUUACGUUGGGAUGUGAAUUAUGGGAUGGGACUGUGAUACGAGGUCAGAAUGAGAUUUCUCAUCCCGCCAGUGGUACCAUGCAACCUGUCGAUAAGGAAUGUUCUUCAGUUCCAGAGCUUCCUUCAAGAAUAAAGAGGGUGUUCUACAUGUCAAGUGAGGGUGGGAAUUCGCUGCAUGAGGUCUUUCCCACCGUUAACUCAUCUGUGCUGGACCAAUUGAGUAAUGUGGAUUGCAUUGUUUAUGCUAUGGGGUCCCUAUUUACUUCUAUAUGUCCAUCACUGUUUAUAUUUAGGUAUUACGUGGCAUUGGGGAAAUUAUCUCUUCAAGAACCUGCCCCAAGGUACUUUUGCUGAAUGGCACGCAUGACCGAGAGACAAGUGGCUUCACUGCUUCUUGCUUUGUUACUGCCAUUGCAGAUGCUCUAAAUCGGAAAUAUGGAGAUCCUCAUAAUUGUCUAGAAAACUCUCCAAAUCAGUAUAUCAAUACACUUUUAGUUCCCAAAGAAGGUGAAAUUCCCAUAGAUGUUCAUUGCUUGAAUUCCCAUGGAAUCUUUAAUGUGAUCUUUGUCGACUCUAUUCGUGAUCCAAAAGCCGGUAUAAUAUUUAACCCAAAGUCAUUAAUCAAUGCCCUAGCCAAUUUGGUAGGCAGAUACAUAAGCUCAAAUACUAUACAGAGUUAACAAAUGAUUUGACAAAAGCAACGGAAUUCAGCAAGCAAAGUCAUUGUGCUGGGAUAUGUCUCUUCUAAGGACAAAUAGGGAUAUUGUUCAACAUCAGCAGAAGACCUAAUUCGGUUGCAUGGCAGCAUUUUGAUUCUCAUUGAAUGGAGUUGGAAAUCCAACAGUAUAGUAUCUAAAAUGACCAUAGAUUUCAAUUUGUUUCUAAUCUUUAUCUUAGAUAGUUAACGAGCAUUAACGACUACGUUUUUAUCUUGUUGAUUUCCAACUCUUCCAGUGUGGUUGGACUAGAAUCAAUUCUCAUCCUCUGCUAA